AUGAUCUCCUCCUUCCGCCCCGCCUCAAAAGACAUUGAGCUCGCCAACCCUCCCACAGACUCCAUCUCCGCCCUCGAGUUUUCCCCCACAGCAGACAUUCUCGCCGUCGCGAGCUGGGACAACAAUGUGCGGUUAUACGAUGUCAAUUCUCAAGGCCAAAGUCAAGGAAAGGCCAUGUACUCUCAUCAAGGUCCCGUCCUCGACCUCUGCUGGUCAACAGACGGUCAAUACCUCUUCUCGGCUGGUUGCGACAACUCAGCACAAAUGUACAAUGUCGCUACUGGUCAGGCUCAACAAGUAGCUCAGCAUGAUGCGCCGAUAAAGUGUAUACAGUUUGCCGAAGUCCCCGGAAGUGGGCAAGUUCUGAUCACGGCGGGGUGGGAUAAAAAGUUGAAGUACUGGGAUCUGAGAUCGCCCAACCCUAUUGCCACGCUCGACCUCUCUGACCGUGCCUACUCUAUGGAUGUUGCCCAACAGCUUCUGGUAGUCGCCACGGGCGACCGUCGUUUGCACGUCGUCAACCUUUCCAACCCCACUGCCAUCUUCAAGAGCAUCGAGUCACCACUGAAAUGGCAGACACGAGUGGUCAGCUGCUUCCCUACAGGAGACGCGUUUGCUGUCGGUUCCAUCGAAGGCCGAAUCGCCAUCCAGUACCCCGGUGAAGAUGACAAGCGCAACUACUCUUUCAAGUGCCACCGUUACGAUGUCCCCACUGGUACCAUGCCUCGCACCCCUGCCGUCACCGGCUCCCAGAACGUCUUUGCCAUCAACGCCAUCACCUUCCACAAAGUACAGGGCACAUUCUGUUCGGGCGGAUCAGAUGGCAGUCUGACUUUCUGGGAUGGUAUCUCCAGAACAAAGCUGAAGACCUUCUCUUGCAAAGAUUUGAACAAUGGAGAUACCGAUGUCCGCCCGCCGCGCUUUGGUACACCCAUCGUUGCCAGCGCCUUCAACCGCACCCAUGAGAUCGUUGCCUACGCUCUCUCGUAUGACUGGUCCAAGGGCCACAGUGGCGUACCUCCUUCCGGACAGACCGUCAACAAGGUGAUGCUGCACCCCGUCAAGCCUGAGGAGGUCAACAAGAAGCCCAAGAGGACGUAG